AAAAUCAGAGAAGACAACAACAAAUCAGCAAUAUCAAAUCUAGUGAAUGCAUGUAUCAAUAAUGCUAGCAUUAAACAAAUUAAGAAAAAUAAAGGACAAGUGAAUCAGCUGAUAAAAAUGUUGCUGGAUUCUAACAUAUUAUAUCAUAAGAUACAACAAUUCAGAGAGGCCAACCAAGCUACUAUAACUAACAAUGUGCACAAGUUAGCAUUCAAGGACACAAAUGGAUAA